AUGGCGUCUGUUGACCCGUCGCUUACUAUGAGGGACCAUCUUUAUUCCAUAGAUGACAGAUUGAAAAUAGGGAGGCCGCCUCCUUUGCUCAAGAGUGCUGAUGAAGACAUAAUCCUUGAUGGAGAGCCAGUGCUGGAAGUUACUCUAGUAAUUUAUCCUACUUCCAUAUCGAGGUGCUGUAUAGAGAGAGACUUAUUUCCAGCAGUCCCCUUGUUCUUUCAAUAUCCAUGUGGCACCAGCAAGGGUUGGUCAGAAUGGGUUGACCGCGAGUUGAAGGACCCGUCUACCUGUGACAUCCUAAACCGGGCAGAGGUGCUGGACGCCAUCUUUAUUUCUAAAGCUUGUGACAUCCAUAUCGAAGCCAAGAUGCUCCGGCAUGUGGUUAGCCAACAUCCUUUCCAUAUCGUGCUUACUCCGGAUGAUGAACUAAAGCUUGAGGCCUUACGGAAGGGUGCCCCGUCUUCUCCUAGCACUUCCCCACGAUUUACCAAUUGGAUUCGGUUUUUUUUGGGAGAUGUCAACAAGAAUGAGCCAUGUCGUCUUGUAGUGCUUAUAUCGUUAUGGCUUGAGAGAUUUCUCUUCUGUGAUUUUUCCCAAAAUUGUUUGCAUGAGCGGAAACCAAAUUCCAACACUCGCGUGGAGGAGCCGAAUGCCUCAGGCAUGCCUCUCGAAUUUGUUAGUGACCAUGAGCGGCAUGUUGACAUUGAACCGGUUGUGCCCACCUUUGAGGACACGGCGGGUUGCUCAUCGGAGGCUGGCCUUGGCCCUCCUUUUAUAGCUAUUGACACUGCGCAGACUGUUGGCAAGGUCGAGAAAAUAUCACAAGGUGCGGAGAAUACACUUCCUACUCCUCCUCUUGGGACGUCCAGCGUAGCUGCUGACACUUCUCUGUACCUUCCAGCAGCUCAGCCGCCUGCUCCUCCUUCCCCAGGAACAUCCGACAUGGCUGCCAGCACCUCUUCGCAGCUUCCAGCGGUGCUACCCCCUAUUCCUCCUUGCUUGGGCACAUUCGACACAGUUGUCGGCACCUCUUCACAGCUUCCAGUAGUGCUGCCUCAUACUCCUCCUAUCCUAGGCACAUCCAGCACAGCUGCCGGCACCUCUCCACAACUUCCAGCAGUGCUGCCUCAUGGUGAGAUCUUUGAUGAUAGCCAUAAGGAUGGUGAUGCUCCUAUCAUAGGUACCUUUGAGGGGCAUUUAUCGGAGAAAAGCAUGUCUUGGUAG